AAUACACCCCCUCCCUCUACCAGAACCCCCGAAGAGAUCGAUCGAUCGCGAGAGACGGGAGGGCGCGAGGGCCAACAGCAUGAGACCCAUGGCUUCCUUCGGCGCUGCCGCCUGCUUCCUCCUCUGCGCGCUGCUCCUCGUCCAGCCCGCCCCCGCCGCUGCCGCCGGCGAGAAGCGGUCCUACGUCGUGUACCUCGGCGAGCAUGCGCACGCGUCGCGGCUGCACGACCUCCCAGCCGUCGACCUGGCGGCGGUCGAGGGGAAGGCCGCCGACUCGCACUACGACCUCCUCGCCACCGUCCUCGGAGACAAGGCGAAGGCGCGGGAGGCCAUCUUCUACUCGUACACCAAGCACAUCAACGGCUUCGCCGCCAACCUCGACGCCGACGAAGCCGCCCAGAUCGCCCGGCUGCCGGAGGUGGUGUCGGUGUUCCGGAACAGGGGGUACCAGCUGCACACGACGCGGUCGUGGCAGUUUCUUGGCAUCGCCGGGCCCGGAGGCGUCCCGCGCGGAGCGUCCUGGCGCAAGGCUAAGUUCGGCGAGGGCGUCGUCAUUGGCAACAUCGACACCGGUGUGUGGCCAGAAUCGGAGAGCUUUCGGGAUCAUGGGCUGGGACCAGUCCCCAAGCACUGGAAAGGAACAUGCGAGAAAGGCCAAGACGACAACUUCCACUGCAAUGCGAAGCUGAUCGGGGCGCGCUACUUCAACAAGGGGUACGGGUCGGAAGGGCUCGACACCAAGGCUCCCGAGUUCAACACCCCGCGGGACAACGAGGGGCACGGCACGCACACGCUGUCCACGGCCGGUGGCUCGGCGGUGCCCGGCGCCAGCGUGUUCGGCUUCGGCAACGGCACGGCCUCCGGCGGCUCUCCACGGGCGCACGUGGCCGCGUACCGCGUGUGCUACAAGCCCGUGAACGGCAGCUCGUGCUUCGAGGCGGACAUCCUGGCCGCCUUCGACGCCGCCAUCCACGACGGCGUGCACGUCCUGUCUGUCUCCCUCGGCAACGAUGGUGAGCCCUACGACUACUUCGACGACGCCAUCUCCAUCGGGUCCUUCCACGCCGUCCGCCGCGGCAUCAGCGUUGUCUGCUCGGCCGGAAACUCGGGCCCCAAGCCCAGCUCCAUCUCCAACCUUGCGCCGUGGGUCUUCACUGUCGGUGCCAGCACCAUGGACCGCGAGUUCCCGUCUUACGUCGUGUUCAACGGCACAAAGAUCAAGGGGCAGAGCAUGUCGGAGACAUCGCUCAAGGGCAAGGAGUCUUACCCCAUGAUCGAUUCCGCUGAAGCCGCAGCGCCCGGCAGAGCGGUAGAUGACGCCAAGAUUUGCCUGCAGGGGUCGCUGGACCCGGAGAAGGUGAAAGGGAAGAUCGUGGUGUGCCUGCGUGGGACGAGCGCGCGUGUGGCCAAGGGCCUGACGGUGCUCCAAGCCGGCGGCGCCGCCAUGGUGCUCGCCAAUGACGCCGCCUCGGGCAACGAGAUUAUCGCGGACGCGCACCUGCUCCCGGCCACGCACAUCAGGCACAGCGACGGCCUCACCCUAUACAACUACCUCAAAUCCGCCAAGUCACCAGAGGGGUACCUUGAGAAGCCGGAGACGAUCCUGGAGACGAAGCCAGCGCCGUACAUGGCCGCUUUCUCCUCGCAGGGACCCAACCCCGUCAACCCGGAGAUUCUCAAGCCCGACAUCACGGCGCCCGGGGUGAGCGUGAUCGCCGCGUUUACCCGCGCCAUGGCCCCCACGGAGCUCGCCUUCGACGAACGCCGCGUCGCCUUCACGUCCAUGUCUGGGACGUCCAUGUCGUGCCCGCACGUCUCUGGCCUCGUGGGGCUCCUCAAGGCCCUCCACCCAGACUGGAGCCCCUCCGCGAUCAAGUCGGCAAUGAUGACGACGGCGAUCGACGUGGACAACAAGGGCGAGUCCAUCCUCAACGCAUCCUUGGCGCCGGCUGGGCCCUUCGCCUACGGCGCCGGCCACGUGUGGCCGAGCCGCUCCAUGAACCCCGGCCUCGUCUACGACCUCGGCCCCGACCACUACCUCGACUUCCUCUGCGCGCUCAAGUACAACGCCACGGUCCUGUCCAUGUUCAACGGCGAGCCGUACAAGUGCCCCGAGAAGGCCCCCAAGAUCGAGGACCUCAACUACCCGUCCAUCACCGUCGUCAACCUCACGGCCUCCGGCGCAAUGGUGAAGCGCACGGUGAAGAACGUUGGCUCCCCGUGCAAGUACAAGGCGAUGGUGCGCCAGCCGGCUGGCGUGCAUGUGACGGUGAGCCCCGACGUGAUGGAGUUUGGGAAGAAGGGGGAGGAGAAGACGUUCGAGGUCAAGUUCGAGACCAAGAACGCCAAGCUGGCCAAGAACUACGCGUUUGGCGCGCUCAUAUGGAGCAACGGUGUCCAGUUCGUGAAGAGCCCCAUCGUUGUCAAGACGGCGGCAUGAAAGGGCAACCGGGUAAAAUUAUAUCGAUCGGGUGUUGGCGUUUGAUUAGCUUAGGAAUCAAUCAUAUCGAGCGUUAGGGUUUCCAUUAGCUUAGGAAUUAAGCCACUGUAGAGAGAAACAGACACGCAUAUGUUAUUUAGGUCUUUAUUAGGCCUGUGGAACAAUAAUCAAGUGAAGGGGAAUAAUAAAGUGGUUAGUAGUUCUUCGCA